CGCUUCUUACAGUGAUGUGGACAUUAAGAUUCAUGUAAUAUAUUAGUCUACUAACUUAAACAUGGUUUGUUUUUUCAGACAACUUGAUUUUAAGAAGAACGGUACAAUGUAAGGUUUCAAGUCUGCCUGAUCCAGUUUAAAGCAGAAGGGCUAAAAAGGAUUUAUUCCCUUAAGAAGGAUCGGAAAAGAGCAAAUGUUUUAAGCUAUUGUAUUAUGUAAACAGAGAUCCCACCAAGAAAAUGUAAAUCUGAUAGGUGUCCGGGACAGUUAGGAAACCAUUUGGUGUGCUGUUUCCUACGAGACCAGAGAGCUGGAUGGACUGCAUACAACCAUCUUGAUUCAAAACAUCUAUCGUAAUCCCCAAAACAGUGCACAGACGGCUGACGGCUCACACUACCAUUGCCCUCUUGAACAUUUACCGUAACCCUCAAAACUCUUCCCAGUCUGCUGACGGUUUGCGCUGUGCUGUGAGCGAUGUCGAGAUGCAGGAACACUAUGAUGAGUUUUUUGAGGAGGUUUUCACAGAAAUGGAGGAGAAGUACGGUGAGGUGGAGGAGAUGAAUGUCUGUGAUAACCUUGGAGAUCACCUCGUUGGAAACGUGUAUGUGAAGUUUCGCCGUGAAGAAGAUGCGGAGAAAGCUGUGAUUGAUUUGAACAACCGCUGGUUCAACGGGCAGCCCAUCCACGCUGAGCUUUCCCCCGUGACCGACUUCCGGGAAGCCUGUUGCCGCCAAUAUGAAAUGGGAGAGUGUACACGAGGCGGCUUCUGCAACUUGAUGCAUCUGAAGCCCAUUUCCAGAGAGCUGCGGCGGGAGCUGUAUGGGCGCCGGCGCAAGAAGCAUCGAUCGAGGUCCCGGUCCCGGGAGCGUCGCUCUCGGUCUAGAGACCGUGGUCGUGGCGGUGGCGGAGGUGGUGGCGGAGGCGGUGGGGGACGGGAGCGUGACAGGAGGCGGUCAAGAGAUCGUGAGAGAUCUGGGCGAUUCUGAGCCAGGCCAUUUUUAUCGUAUGUCUGCUAGAAAGUGUUGUAGUUGAUUGACCAAACCAGUUCAUAAUGGGAAUUUUUUUAAAAAACAAUUUAAAAAAACAAAGAUGGGUUUCUGAAUAAAAUUUGUAGUGAUAACAGUA